GCGUCAUAUUGCGCACCAUGUCCCGGAAUCAGUGUCGCGAAUCUCGUUUUCAAAGUGAAGACCCCGCACGCAUACACAUGUCAUGUUGUGAAAUCAAAUCAUUGGCCCGGGAAACGACAAUCCGUGAAUCGCACGCUACGUGCAUUUUUGUGUGUAUACCGUGUACGAACACCGGCCGUGGCGGCGUGCGUGGCCGCGCUUUGUCGUUGCCAUCAUUAUUGUUGAUCCCGUGCAAGCUCGGUUGGUCAAAAUGGCGUGAACCGACCGCGCGUUUUUAAGGUUAUCUUCGUUCGUGGCGGGUUCAACCGCGCGGCGGGACCGCAUACACGCGACAUCCACGUCUGUGCGUUUUUUUUUUGCACGAGUGCGCGUUUUAUGUCUGCACACUUGCACGUUAACAUCUACGUUUUUUGUGCCGCAAGUUACAUGAAUUAUGAAGACGGAAUGCCCGCAGGCGGUAACAGUCGUAUCCGCGAAUAUUACUCAGCGCCCAUGUCCGAGCGGCAACAACUCGCGCUACUUUUGCAAAUGACUUCUCAGGAAAUGGUAUCAGGUGGAAAUCGUCCGGAAAAUACAAGUGUAACAAAUACCUCUUCAAGAGCAUCAUCGUUGCAACAACAGCGUGGUGCAAAGGGUCGUUGGUCGAAUAAAAAUGGAGAGUCCCCUGUCCAGACAACAAUCAGUCGCAAGGAGGAUUUUCGAGUACGACAGAUGAUUGUGAACGGCUAUGACAUAGGUGCAUCUAGGGAAAUAAAUGGAACAGACAUUGCAGACGCUGCUGCUUCACCUAAAGAGAGUGCAACAGCCGCUCCCAAGAGCCUAUGCUCUCCUGCUGAGACAGCAGCAGCGGCGACAGCAGCGCCGUCAAACGAGCAACAAGAGCAAACGCAACACCAAUCCUACCAACAUCAAACACAGUACCAACAGCAACAGCAACCCGCAGUUGAAAGUACCCCAACAGCUGCAUCGCACGUUGCUGAGGACAGUGGAGCCCUCUGUGAGAUGCGGAGAACACCACCGCAAAAUAAAGUUGACAGAUCGGGAACUGGGCAGUCUGGAAGCUCGCCGAGGGUGACGCUCCGACUCAACCAGGUGCGAGGAGCAAGGGAUGAGAAGAAAGGAGGUGGUACUUCAAAUUCCCGCCAGGGCAACGUGAACGUACAGGGUCAAAACUCAAUGGAGGCCUCAUCGAAAGUGCCGAUCAACGUGUCGUCGACAAACUCGAAUACAGCUUCGGGCACCGGCAAUGCGUCGUCGUCCGCUGACAGUGGUGAUGUAUACGAGUUCAAAAGCUCGAAAGAGCCGACGCCGGUGAGAGGUACAAGCUCGUCUCCAAAUCCUAAUCCUGACAAAGAUAAAGAUAGUGGCAAACCCUCGAAUGGUCAGGGUAGCCAAAGUGGUGGAGGUAACGUGUCUACCAUUGGUAGCUCGUCAACGUCCAUCACUGAGGCGACGAUGGCACCGUUGACUUCUUCUGAAGAUACAUCAGCCGUGUCAACGUCUUCACCAUCGGCAAAACGUGUCUUUGAGGGUGAAACUACAGACGAACAGGACGAAGAAAAUCGACGAAAAAAGCGUAAGGAUUCCGAAGUCACAAAGGAAAGCACGAAAAAUAAUCCAACAGGAAGGCAGAGUACUGGUAGAAACACUGUCAAUAGUGGAGAAAAGUGUAUCAAAUCUGGUAAGCAAGGAUCUGGAAUGAUAUCUGGUAAAGGAAGUCAAAAUACAAGUUGCAAUGCAGAUAGAAAGAGUCCUAAUGCCUCUUCAAUGGCCAGUAGUCCAAAACCUUCAAAUACCUCUAGUUCGACAAGUGCGAAAACCAGUACCCCAGCUCUGCCUGAAUCUGACGGCGAAGAGGAUCGAUCAAAGUGUGCUGAUUCGAAUUCUGCUCCUAAAGUACCACCCUUGAAAAUAGUUAUUCCGCAGAGUACAGCAUCGGAACAGGAGCAGGGCAAUAGGAAUGGUAAAAAUGUUACAAAUAGGAGUCAUCAGUUGCCCUAUGUAGUCGCCAGUUCAAAUAGCAACGAUUCGACCGAGAAAGAUCAAAGCCAAUCGACUAGCGAUACAAUUAGUCCUAUGGAAGGUAGUAUUAGUACAAAAGGAGAAGAUAAGAAAGACUUUAGUGGGACUUUGCACGGAGAGGAAAGAUCAACGCAUCAUCAACGUGUAUUGAGAAGUUCACACAGGACUGGUAAUGGUAAUAAUGGUUCCACGUCCAAAGACGUUGUCCCUUCGUCAGGUAACGGGAGCUAUUCCACUUCGUCACCAUUACCAGCUAAUACUACUAUAGAUCGUUCGAAUAAUUCCUCACCACAACAAAGGCAUCACUCGCCCACACCAGAAACAGUGGGAUCUGACAUAAGUAAAACCACUUCGUCGGAAUCCGCAACUACAGGGACUAUCUCGAAAUGUAACACAGCCAUGGAGAAAUCAGACAAAAAUACGGACGCUGCCGGGAAAAAUCAAAAAGAUAGCAGUAUGGAAAAUUUGGAGAAUAUCUCGGCGACAACUUCUUCGGUAAUGUCUAAUGCUGGUACAUCAGCACCGCCUGUCGACCUUCAUCCCAGAAAGAGAAAAAUGAAACCCAGUAAAGAAGCACAACAGGCUGCAGCUACAGCUGCAGCUAAUGAAGCAGCUGAGGCUACUAGUACGGGACCAGAAAUUCAUCCACAUGAUCAACCAAUUACAAAUUGUUAUCAGCUAUUUCUCAAUAUUAGAAAACAGAUUGAGAGAAGACGAAAGGGCUUAUUCCCAGUUCAACCAAAACCUCCUCAAGGUUUUAAGGAUUACUUGAUGAAUCGUUGUACAUAUGUGUUAGCUGGCAAUGCAAAAGAACCAAAUGUUAAUCCACCUGUUAGUUUGCACGGAGCUAUGAAGGAUCUGUACGUUGAACAAGAGAAGGAACGAUAUCGACUUCGGAUGCAGCAUGUGGUUGAAAAAGAGAAAUUGGUUCUGUCGGUGGAACAAGAGAUUCUUCGAGUCCACGGUAGAGCGGCGAGAGCACUCGCCAAUCAAUCUCUUCCCUUUUCUGUUUGUACGAUUCUCAAGGACGAAGAGGUGUAUAAUGUCAUUACCCCAGAACAAGAAGAAAAAGAUAGAAAUGCAAGGAGCAGAUAUAACGGUAGAUUGUUCUUAAGUUGGCUUCAAGAUGUGGACGAUAAAUGGGAAAAAAUUAAGGAAGGUAUGCUAUUGAGACAUCAUAAUGAGGCAGAGUCUUUGCAUGCUGUUCAACGAAUGCAUUGGGAAUGGAAACUGAAAGAAGUAGGAUUAUGUGAAUCUAAAACGACACCUCAAAUAGAAGACGUUCAUGUUCCCAUGGUGCAUGUUUCAGAUGAUUUUGAUUUAUUACCAGCUUAGUGUACAAUAUCCGUAUAUUUUUUUGGUACACAGUUUUUCUCAUGUCUCUUUCUUCGAGAUAACGAAGAUGAUGGCUUUAAUCUGUGAUCUCUAUCAAUAUAUGCAUUAUUAUUAUUGUCAUUACAAAUUCAUAUUGUAAGCGUAUAUCACAGCAACACAACAAACUGCAAGAAAUUUUACAAAUAUACAUUGUAUUGCAACGCGAUUAAAAAAAAUUACAAAAACAAAAGUGUCGACUUGAUUAGAUAUGAAACUAUGGUUAUAUCAAUAUUAUACUUUGACUGUAAAUGGGAAAAAAGCUCUGAAGCUUUUGAAAUAGAAUUAAAAGUUUUAUUAGGUAA